AUGAGUAACAUGAAAGAGAAUAUAGCGGAUUAUAUUAAAUCAACGACGAUGGAAUUGAAUCGCGAUCUCAGCCAAAUGCGGGAAGAAAUUCAACAACUGGGGAAUUUGUCACUGGAAAUAACGGCAAACAUUAAUCAAACCCCACAGGAUAGUCAAGUCGAAAUAGAAAUAUUAGAGAAAUUAAGAACAUUGUCAGCCGUUAUUAUAUCAACAGGAAACAAUGUUGAACAUAUGCUACCACCUCCACCGGAGUCCUGUCCCAGUCUAGCUGAUGAGUUGCGUGCGGAACUUACUCCUCCAGUUAAUCCCCCAUUUUACCCUCCAGAGAACUCAGGCUGGAGAAUUUUGGAUUCAACAAGGAGAUGGAAGGCAGAUUGGUCUGAGUAUGAUGCACGGCAACUCCGUAGAAUAGAACAACAAGAAGAGGUAGAUAAAGCCAGAAAAUGGCGUAAGCAAAAUCGCCGAUACAACAAUAAUAAUAAUAACAGAUACAAUGGUAGCCCUAACAAUGGCAGCAGGAAUAGGAAUAAUUUCAACAAUCGUAGAAAUAACAACUAA